UGUAUAUGCUAUUGUUUCUCUAUGUCGAUACUCAGACACAAUCAGCUGAUUGUUACCGGGAACACAGAAUACUUUCGAAUAAAUCUGUAAUAACUGUGACCGGUGCCGGUCGUUACUCAGUAUGUUAGACAAUGAAAGUCAGCUGAUCGAACAAAUGAGGUUAUGCUCAUGAUCAACGGUGUUUGUUUAUUAAAUUUGUCGGCCUAUUAUUACAAGUUUUAAUGCCGUAUUCAUCUUAAAUUGGUGUACAAGAUAAUCUUUAUUAUCUUUCGUAUUUUGUAUGUUUUUAUAAUAGUCCCAUGUCCUCUUACUAUAAACAGGUAUGCAGUAAUUGUUCAGCUACUGAAAGUAAUAAUUGGAAAAAAGUUGAAGAGCUUGGAACAUGGGUAUGCAGCAAUUGCUUUGAUGAUAUUAUUGCAGAGAAUGCAUCAAGUGACGAGGAAGCAACAAGUCAGAUAACAACACGUAAAUGCCUAAGAGUGACAAGGAGUGCAAGGAUCUAUCCUCCUCAAACAUCAUCCACUCAUCAGGACACUGAAAGAGGCCGAAGAUGGAUUUUCAAGAAGAAGAUUCCUUGCAAAAAUACUAAAAGAAACAUUCAUCCAUUCACAUCGAAUGAACUGCAGAGCAACGCUGGGGUUCUGUUCAGAGCUGGAGAUGUUGUGCGGUAUCACAUUAAUGAGCAACAGAUCCGUUACGCACAGCUUAGAAAAUUUAUGAGAAUUUACGAAGAAAAAAGAGCAUCCGUUUUGUGGCUUCUACCUACAUUUUGUACUGAUUGCUAUCCAGAGACUGACUUCAAUCCUUCAGAUUAUACGGCAGGAAAAGAGGACGAACUCACUUACAGUUUGGAAUGCAUGACUUUUGUUAUGCAUCUACCGACCAAUUUCUUCAAAGAAUACUUGCAAAGAGUAUAUCGACACGGAAAGAAUAUUAUCAGAUAUUAAGUAAAAUGAAAUAAGUUAGGGCCAGACCAUAUUUAGCGUUUUUCUGGCGACAACCCAAUCAGUCAAUCGGAGAGCUUCCUGCACUGUUGACUCUAAAAACGUCUGAAAAACGCUUAAUAAGGUCUGGCCCUAAGAGUGAAAUAAUUCAGUUAAGUUUGAUGAUAGUUUCAAAUAAAAUAAUUAUAAAAUUCGAUAAAUUGAGAAUAAUUUAUUUCAUUUUAUACGAGUUUAUCAUUAUUAUUAUUAUUAUAUUGUGGAUCUAUUAA